UCUCCUCUCCCCCCUCUCCAAACCUCUCCCUGUGCGUCUCUGCUGGACUCCAAAAACACGACACAGUUCCCGUCCUCCUGAAACCAAGCUGCUCCUCUGAUCCGAGUACCUCGAGCUCACAGGUUCCCCCACUGCUGGGCUUGUUUCUGCAGAUUUCAUAUCGUGUAACUUGACUUUUGUCUGAAGAAAUACAUCAUCCUAUCCUAUGUUCCCUUCGUAAGAAUGGAGAUGCAGAAGCUGUCGAAUGGAAAUCACCACCAUGACGUCGAGGUUCCUCUGGAUGGAGGAGUUCCACCCGAGCAGGAAAAGUUCCUGCAACACAAGAGCGAUGGAUCGAAGCAAGCUCAGUUCACCGACUUUGAGGGUAAAACUUCUUUCGGGAUGUCUGUCUUCAACCUGAGUAACGCCAUCAUGGGCAGCGGCAUCCUGGGUUUGUCGUACGCCAUGUCAAACACAGGCAUCGUUCUCUUCCUGAUCCUGCUGACGUGUAUUGCGUGUUUAUCCUGUUAUUCUGUCCACCUGCUGCUGACCAGUGCAGGAGUUGUGGGUAUUCGUGCAUACGAGCAGCUCGGAUUGAGAGCUUUCGGACAUACUGGGAAGAUUCUAGCAGCGGUCAUCAUAACACUACAUAACAUUGGAGCCAUGUCCAGUUACCUGUUCAUCGUCAAGUCUGAGCUACCGCUGGUUAUUCAAGCUUUUCUCAACCAAACUUCUGCCUCUGGCGAAUGGUUCAUGAAUGGAAACUACCUCAUCAUCAUCGUUACUGUGUGCAUCAUUCUCCCUCUUACCCUGAUGAAACACCUGGGGUAUCUGGGUUACACAAGUGGCUUCUCUCUCUCUUGCAUGGUCUUCUUCCUUUCUUCGGUCAUCUACAAAAGAUUCAACAUUGCGUGCCCUCUGGAAGUGUUUGGAAACUUCUCUGACAGCUCCGUAGUCCUAGACGACACGUGCACAGCCAAAUUCUUCACCAUCAAUCAAGAGACGGCGUACACCAUCCCCAUCCUGGCAUUUGCUUUCGUCUGUCAUCCUGAAGUGCUUCCUAUCUAUACUGAACUGAGCAACCCAACAAAGAGGAGAAUGCAGAACAUCGGCAAUGUCUCCAUCCUGGGCAUGUUCGUCAUGUACUUCCUCACCGCCAUAUUUGGGUAUCUGACCUUCUAUGGCAACACUGAGGCAGAGCUCCUCCACACGUACAGUAAGGUCGACCCUCUGGACACGCUGAUCCUGUGUGUUCGUCUGGCCGUGCUGGUGGCCGUCACUCUGACUGUCCCCGUGGUCCUCUUUCCUAUCCGUCGUGCCCUUCUGCAGCUGCUCUUUCCAGGUAAACCCUUCCACUGGGCCCGUCACAUCGCCAUCGCCAUGUGUCUGCUGUUCGUUGUCAAUCUGCUGGUUAUCCUGGUUCCCAACAUCCGAGACAUCUUUGGCAUUACUGGGGCGACCACUGCUCCCAGUCUGAUCUUCAUCCUCCCUGGACUGUUUUACAUCCGUAUUAUCCCCACUGACCGAGAGCCCAUGAAGUCCAGACCAAAGAUCCAGGCUGCAUGUUUCACAGCUCUAGGUUUUGUUUUCAUGAUCAUGAGUCUUACAUUUAUCGGGCUGGACUGGACGAGCGGAGAAAACCGGAGUCAUGGAGGCCAUUAAAUCCCAACAACCCUUACCCUACAGCACCAGCAGCCCACUGCUGCACCCCUCGUCCUCCAGUCCUCUGGACAGGCACCAAGACUCAACCUACUGCUGGACGGCUCGCAGUUUUGGUGGGACUGUUUUUAUUAAUCAUAAGGACAAUCUGUUCCUCCAAAGUGAUGACAGGAGCCCACCCAGGUUGAUAUAAACCAUCAGCAUCCAUCACAGGUGGUGUUCCUUUGUUUUACAUGAAGAGCCAACCAACACGCUGACCAUGGACGCCCCAAAACCACUCGAAGCUAUUCGCUUUAACAGAGGCUUACAGUGGUGUUUAAUAACAACUAUAAUAAAAUGGACAAAUGUCUGAAUGAAAAAGUUUAAUUUACAGCAAGGUGUGAUGGAGGAAAGUUAUUUAGGAUGUGCUUUCAAUUUUGUAUUUAAAAAUGGAUUCCAUCAUGGUGUUUAACUUUAAAGUCCAAUUAUCUGUUUGUAGAGAGCCGAGCCAUCAGAGCUCGCUGAAGGAACGUGUGCAGAUAAUUCAUUUUAAUUCAUGUUGUGUGUUUUAUAAAUCUGAAGAGUAGCGUUUGCCAAAAGAAUCAACAUUGGCCUCCAUCAGCCAGUGACGUUUACACAAACCAAUUAAUUUGGAUUAGUGAAUUUAUCCUUGACAGUAUAUUGUGGAUAUUGUUUAAUAAAAAUUCACAAAAGAUGAAA